GCGAAGCUCGAGGAGCAGCUGGCAGACAUCACCAAGCUUUCGGCCUACUCCUCAAGUCCUCUCCCCAGGGCGGCCGCCAUGUCGGCGGUGGCAAAAGUGGUGCGAGCCCAGGCGGAGAGUCAACCGAACAGGCUGAGGACCCCCCUGGUGGCCCAGGCGGCGGAGCUCGAGCAAGCCACCGAGGCUUGCGGCAAGGAGCACAUGUCCUCAGCCAAGGAGUUGCUGGUCGCCCAGCUGCGCGACGUCCGCGCCAAGCUGGAGGCCAAGAAGGGCGACUUCACGCAGCACGCCAACGUCGGACACCGCCUGGCUAGGGCGGAGAAGCAGUUGGCGAAGCUCACUGGUGAAGUGGAGUCGCAGGAUGAUGUCAUCAAGGAGGCCACUGCCGAGCGCGACGAGGUGGGGGCCAAGCGUCGGGCAGCGGCUACUGAAGGGGAUGCGCUCCAGAAGCAACUGGUGGCUGCUAUUCCUCGUGGCGUUCCACAUGCCAAGCCUUCGCCGCCGUCUCUGGAGAUCCCCGCGGGGAUGCUCGAAGGCAAAGAGGAGAUCAAGUCGAUGCUUGAGAGCCAGGCUUUCAAGGAGUACGCGGCUCUCAUCGCACAGACGCAGAAGGACCAAGCUCCCGAUGGUUCUGGCGUCAGGGGCGUUCAAGCGGGCGAAGACAUCGGGUUCCUGACGGCGCUGAAGGAGUACACCUUGUACUUAGGGCCUCCAGGGUGGAAGACCAG